AUGGAGGUCUUUGAGAGUGUCUUAACGACAUUCCGAAAGAACCGCCAUUACAAAUUCCACCCUUUCUGUGAGGAGGAGAAGAUUACUCACUUGUGUUUAGCGGACGACCUAUUCUUACUUUCUCAUGCUUAUGUUGAUUCCAUAAACACUAUAAAAGAUGCACUCAUCUUCUUUUGUAAUAUUACAUGUUUAAUGAGUAAUGUAGAUAAGAGCUUGGCAUUUUAUGGUGGUGCGGAUGAGGAUACUAAUGCGCAGAUUCAGAGCAUUAUGGGCAUUAGCGAGGGGUCUUUUUCGGUUCAUUAUUUGGGAAUUCUACUCACGGAGAGGCAUAUUCAAUUCGUUCAUUACAGGCCGCUUAUUGAGAAAGUCAAGAACGCAAUUAUGGGUUGGGAUGUCAAGAAACUAUCUUACGCGGGUAUGAUCGAAUUGGUGGGUAGUGUGGUCAUGGGGCUGAUCGUUUAUUGGUCUCAACAAAUCAUUCUUCCUAAGAAAGUUAUGCGUGAGCUCGACACUUUAUUACGUGACUUCAUUUGA